AUGUCUUUCAUCAAAGGUCUCCUCUUUUCAACCUCACUGGCAAUUGCCAACGCCAAACCAAUAUCUCCUUCCAAAGUUGUGAGAGCCGCUGCCUCACCCUCCACCUUUCCGCUUGGUGAUGCUUGUGAAAACGAGUGGAAGUAUCUCAACUUUGACUCUGGCAGCGAUGCUGAUAAGGCUCACCUUCAGAAACUGCACGAUGUCAUCUGUAAUGGAGAGCUCCGUGCCGUUGCUGCGUGGGGAGUUCAGGCUGCGGAGGACAGUAAAAAGUCCACCAAUGUCGCCUACGAUGUCUUCUUCAGCGCGGAGGAAGAUAUACCAGCCACGAUCCAAGACGUUCUGAGCCGUAUCGCUGGCCAGAGCACUACCGAGGGAAAAAUUGGAAAGAUAGUAGGGACGAUGAUUGUCGAUAAUAACGGUAAGUGUGCUGCUAUUCCUGAUACGGUUGAUGUACUAAGAGACCUAGACUUUAAGGGACGUUGUGACGGCAAAGAGACAGAGGCCUACACUGAUACGGACACGGAUAAACGCGAGAAGAUCCAUUUCUGCGAUCUUGGCUAUGAUAAGCCAAUUGGUGGAGGAGACAUCCAGUGUAGCAGCCUCGACAAAUACCCUAGCAUCAAGAUCGAUACGUUUUCCCGCGUCGCUCUACAUGAGACACUUCACUACAGUACAGUUGGACCGGCCUCUAAGCUAGACUCACAGAUUGUCGACCAGAAGAACCGGGAUGGGGACUAUGCGUAUGGACCGGAACGCGCCCAUGGCCUCAACGAUCCAGACCAGGAUGGUCAGCCUGGUAAAGCGGAGAGUAACGCUGAUAAUUAUGCCUGGAUGGCGGUAACUUCCUGGGUCAGCUACUUAUGUACUCCUGAGGAUGAGCAGGAUGCCUGGGACAGUUAUUUUUCCGAGGAUCCGCCUGAGUAUUAG